UGUCCUAUUCUUCAAUACCCCCGAAUCGCACCCAUUAUACAUUUCUCUCCGUGAUCCCUCUCCCUCUCACUCCUGUCGACGCGAGAACGAGAAUUCCCCCACCAAACUAAACAGGCUGUUUCGGAGCUUUUGCUCUUCUGUGUUUCGUUCGUCUUUGAAGCUAUGGACGAGAAUACAGCUGUCAUUGAAGCGAUUCUAAGAGAGCAAGAGGAGGAAGAUCAAGCAGAGAGGAAUAAGAACAACAACAAUAUCAAGGAGAGCCAAAACGAAGACAAAUUCGCCUGGCAAACGGUGUCCUAUCAUAAGCGCAAUAGGAAGGCAUCCAGGACUCGACUGGGGGAGAAUUCGACCGAUCUCCAGAGUCGCCGGCCCAACGUCGCCGCCUCCUCCGUCAAUGUCUUCCGCUCCAUCGAGCAGCACUCCGAGGAUCGCCUCCGCCGCACGCUUGAGACCCAGAUCGCAGACGAAGCUGUAGAGAGAUCGAAGCGACAUUCCGACGACGGUGAAGACAGCGACCCUGAGGUCUCCGCCGCAGUAGAGAAUGGUGACGUGAAGCCUAAGAAGCCAAAAAAGCCGAAGAAACCCAAGGUGACAGUGGCUGAAGCUGCGUCUAAGAUCGAUGCCGCUGAGCUCAGCGUUUUCCUCAUUGAUAUUACCGCAUCGUACGAAUCGCAACAAGAUAUACAGCUGAUGCGAUUCGCGGAUUAUUUCGGCCGCGCAUUCGCGUUGGUGAGUGCGGCUCAAUUUCCGUGGUUGAAGACAUUGAAAGAGUCUAGUGUUGCAAAGACGGUUGAUAUUCCUCUUUCCAGUAUACCUGAAGAUGUUUAUAAAACAUCUGCUGACUGGAUUGGAAAGCAGUCUUCUGACGCACUUGGGUCCUUUAUGUUGUGGUCAUUGGAUAGCAUUUUCACUGACCUUGCAAAUCAUCAAGCAGCUGCCAAGGGAUCCAAAAAGGUGGUUCAGCAAUUAUCUUCAAAGUCUCAGGUUGCUAUAUUUGUUGUUUUAGCAAUGGCACUACGAAGAAAACCUGAUGUGUUGAUCAGUUUAUUGCCUAUAAUUAAGGAAAAUCCCAAAUAUCAAGGACAGGAUAAGCUUCCAGUCACUAUUUGGGUGAUUUCUCAGGCAAUGCAAGGAGAUUUAGUAGUUGGGUUAUACGCGUGGGUUUAUUUACUCCUGCCUAUACUGGGUAGCAAGUCAGGCUGUAAUCCGCUUUCAAGAGACUUAAUUUUACAGUUGGUGGAGAGAAUUUUAUCUACCCCAAAAGCUCGCACUAUUCUGUUACAUGGUGCUGUCAGAAAGGGAGAGCGCGUGGUGCCACCAUCAGCUCUUGAGCUUUUGUUGAGGAUUACUUAUCCAGCAUCAUCAGAUCGGCUAAAGGCAACUGAAAAGUUUGAAGCCAUAUAUCCUAUUUUAAAGGAGGUUGCCCUUGCUGGUUCCCCAGGAAGCAAAGCAACGAAGCAAGUUGCACAACAGAUUUUAAACUUUGCAAUCAAAGCUGCUGGAGAAGGCAUCUCUGGCCUGGCAAAGGAAGCAAGUGACAUUUUUAUUUGGUGCUUGAGUCAAAACCCUGAAUGUUACAAGCGAUGGGACAUGCUUUAUCUGGAUAAUCUUGAAGCAAGUGUUGUUAUUCUGAGAAAGCUGUCUGAUGAAUGGAAGGAGCACUCUGUGAAACAUCGUACUCUGGACACUUUGAGGGAAACUCUUCAGAGUUUCAAGCUAAAGAAUGACAAAGCAUUGGCAAAGGGAGAUGAUGGUGCUCGCCAUUCAUCAUUGAAGGAUGCAGACAAGUACUGCAAGUUGAUUUUGAGGCAAUUAUCACGAGGCCGUGGAUGCAUGAAGACCAUGGUCUUUGUGUCUGUUGCACUUGCUGUUGGUGCUGCAGUUAUGUCCCAAAACGUGCAAUCUUGGGAUUAUAGGAAGAAACUCUCAGAGAUAUUGAACUUUCCCUGAAACUUUCUUAGCUCAGACGCGUGCAGAGGUCCGCCAGCAGUAAAUGGUGCACUCCGUCGCCAUAUAGGAUUAAUUAUGUCCGGCAUAGGUCCAGAAUGGCCUGUUAAAAACAAAAUGGGCCAUUGAUGAGUAAAAUUAUUUCAGUAUUGUGACCAAACUCUAUUUUUUUAGUGAAUUGGAAUAGGAGCAGCAGCAGCCCGUAUCUGGUUUUCAGUAGUGGGUCAGAUCAAUGACUUGUUUUCAUAACGACGACUUUAUAGUUGUUUGUUUUUCUGUUAAGUUUUGGUCGUGCAAAAUGGGUAUACGAGGGAAAUGAAUGAUGAAAUCAAUAUAUGCCUUGAAAGGAGUUUCAG